GUUCAAACCUUUUUGGUAUAGUAGGAAUCUUUUAAUUUGUUAUAAUGGUUUCAAAUUCUUCUCUUGCAACUACUAUAAACCUCCCAUGUCUAGACCUUUCAAAGCUAUUACUACCUUCAUCUAUAUCAUCUCUUUCUGAAGCAUGUCAUCAGUGGGGUUUCUUCAAUAUUGUCAAUCAUGGGGUCUCCAAGGACCUUUAUGAAAGUAUCCAUUCUUUCUCUAAUCAAUUCUUUGAUCUCCCUAGUGAAACAAAGCUUAAACUUGGUCCUUCUUCCUGUAUCAAAACUUACACUCCUCCAUUCAUUGCAUCUCCUUACUUUGAAAGUUUUAAGGUUUGUGGACCAGAUUUUCAUUCAUCAGCUCAAGAUUCUAUUGAUGUGAUCUUCGAGGAAAAACCUUACGAAUUCUGUGAGAUAUUAGAAGAGUAUGGAAAGAGAAUGAGCGAACUGUCUAAUAAGAUCAUGAAGAUCGCGUUAAUGAUUCUAGGAGAAGGAUUCGACACAAGAUUUUAUAAUUCAGAUUUCAAGAAGUGUCAUGGUUAUUUAAGGAUAAACAGAUAUUCGCCACCAAUGAAAUCAGAAGGAAAAGAAACCACUGAAUUAGGUCUAGGGAUGCAUACUGAUAUGAGUUGCAUAACUAUUGUGUAUCAAGACGAUUCAGGAGGUUUACAGGUGAAAUCUAAAGAAGAUGGGAGAUGGAUGGACAUUGCUCAAAGUGAAGGGACCUUAGUUGUAAAUAUAGGCGAUUUGUUGCAAGCUUGGAGCAACAACAAACUCGUAUCAUCUGAACACAGAGUCGUCUUAAAGAAACCAGUCAAUCGGCUUUCCAUUGCUUUCUUUUGGUGUUUUGAAGACGAAAAGGUGAUUUAUGCUCCUGAAGAAGUUGUAGGGAAUGGGAAUAUGAGAUUCUAUGAGCCAUUUGUUUGCUCGGAUUACUUGAAAUUUAGAGAGAGCAACGAAGAAGGCAAGUUCGAAAAAGUUGGGUUUACAGUUAAAGAUUUUGUCACAAAUAAUACCAAGAAUCGUUCACAGAAGUCACAAGAAUCAUCUGUAUGAACCUACUCCCGAUUAUAUAUGUUAUAUGUAUAGUUGAUUACGUACGAUUGUUAUUGUCUUCAAGAAAACUUCAAGCAUGCAUAUUGUAUAAAUUUCAGUAGCGUUUAUAGAAACUCUUAAAGAAAUAAUCGCAUCACUUAUGCUUGUAACCUGUUUAAGAUAUAGUGGUUUACUAUUAUUUUUUCAA